CCUCUUUUAGGGUGUCAUUUUGGAGCUCGUUGUCGAAUCCUCAGCACGCACGCGAACAGCCUGCGAUUUUGAUCAACACUAAUUUGGCGAUUAACUGCUUGCAGUGUUUAUUUCAUUCCUAUUGCGAUCAUAUAUACACAUUAAAUCAUGCCUGAAGACGUUACCAUGACUCCAUCUGAAGAUGUUGAGACCUUCGCUUUCCAAGCUGAAAUUGCUCAGCUUAUGUCUCUCAUCAUCAACACCUUCUACUCGAACAAAGAAAUCUUUUUGAGAGAAUUGGUAUCCAACUCCUCUGAUGCAUUGGACAAGAUUCGUUACGAGUCAUUGACUGAUCCAUCUAAAUUGGAAUCUGGCAAAGACCUGCACAUCAAAAUCAUCCCCAAUGCCGAAGAGAAGACUUUGACCAUUAUUGACACUGGUAUCGGUAUGACCAAAGCUGAUUUAGUCAACAACCUGGGAACCAUUGCCAAGUCUGGUACCAAGGCUUUCAUGGAAGCUUUACAAGCUGGUGCUGAUAUUUCUAUGAUUGGUCAAUUUGGUGUGGGUUUCUAUUCCGCCUACUUGGUAGCCGACAAAGUUACUGUUGUUUCCAAGCACAAUGACGAUGAACAAUACUUGUGGGAAUCUGCUGCUGGAGGUUCAUUCACCAUCCGUUCUGAUCCUGGUGAACCAUUGGGCCGUGGUACUAAGAUUGUCCUUCAUAUCAAAGAAGACCAAGCUGAGUUCCUUCAACAAGAAAAGAUCACUGGCAUUAUCAAAAAGCACUCUCAAUUCAUUGGUUAUCCGAUUAAAUUGAUUGUUGAAAACGAACGUACCAAGGAAGUCAGUGAUGACGAAGCUGAAGAAGAAAAGAAGGAGGGUGAAGCUGAAACAGAAGAGGACAAGACCCCCAAGAUCGAGGAUGUCGGUGAAGAUGAAGACGAAGACAAGAAAGAUGAGGAUAAAGACAAGAAAAAGAAGAAGACCAUUAAAGAAAAGUAUUUGGAUGAAGAAAUUUUGAACAAGACAAAACCGAUCUGGACCCGCAACCCAGAUGAUAUCAGUCAAGAUGAAUAUGGUGAAUUCUACAAAUCCUUGACUAACGAUUGGGAAGAUCACUUGGCUGUCAAGCACUUCUCUGUUGAAGGACAACUUGAAUUCAGAGCAUUGUUGUUCAUUCCCAAGCGCGCGCCUUAUGAUAUGUUUGAAAACAAGAAGAAGAAGAACAAUAUUAAAUUGUAUGUUCGUCGUGUGUUCAUCAUGGACAACUGUGAAGAUCUUAUGCCAGAAUAUUUGAACUUCAUCAAGGGUGUUGUUGACAGCGAAGAUUUGCCAUUGAACAUUUCUCGUGAAAUGCUCCAACAAAACAAGAUCCUGAAGGUAAUCAGAAAGAACUUGGUCAAGAAGUGUUUGGAAUUAUUCGAAGAAUUGGCUGAAGACAAGGAUAACUACAAGAAAUUGUACGAACAGUUCAGCAAGAACUUGAAACUUGGAAUCCACGAAGACAGCCAAAACAGAAAGAAACUUUCCGACCUGUUGAGAUUCCACUCUUCGGCCAGUGGCGACGAAGCAUGUUCCUUGAAAGAAUAUGUUGCGCGUAUGAAGCAAAACCAAACACACAUUUACUACAUCACUGGUGAAAGCCGUGAACAAGUAUCCAACUCAUCGUUUGUUGAACGUGUUAAGAAGCGUGGUUUUGAAGUUAUCUACAUGACUGAACCCAUUGACGAAUACGUCGUCCAACAGAUGAAGGAAUAUGAUGGCAAGAACUUGGUAUCUGUCACCAAAGAAGGUCUAGACUUGCCUGAAACUGACGAAGAAAAGAAGAAGCGCGAGGAAGAUCAAUCCAGAUUUGAGAAAUUGUGCAAAGUUGUUAAGGACAUUUUGGACAAGAAAGUUGAGAAAGUCGUCAUCAGUAACAGACUUGUCGAGUCACCGUGUUGCAUCGUCACAUCUCAGUACGGUUGGACUGCCAACAUGGAACGUAUCAUGAAGGCACAGGCCCUCCGAGACUCGUCUACCAUGGGUUAUAUGUCUGCCAAGAAACAUUUGGAAAUCAACCCUGACCACCCGAUCAUCGAGACACUCAGACAAAAGGCUGAAGCUGAUUCUAAUGACAAGGCUGUCAGAGACUUGGUCAUGCUCUUGUUCGAGACAAGUUUGUUGUCGUCUGGUUUUGGACUCGAAGACCCACAGGUCCACGCUUCCAGAAUCCACAGAAUGAUCAAAUUGGGUUUGGGCAUUGAUGAAGAUCUGCCAGUAGCCGAAGACAAAUCUGCUGAAGUCGAGGCUGAACCUGUUGUUGAAGCUGAUGCUGAAGAUUCUUCUCGCAUGGAAGAAGUCGAUUAAUUUAUCUCACUAAGUGAAUUUAUUUUGAAAGAACAUUUCCUAUAUUUUUAUUGUUAUAUUAUUUUGAGACUGAUUUGUCCAUUCUUUUUUU